GCGUAGCGCGUCGUCUCCUGUUGCUAAAAGCUAGUAGACCGGGAACUAGGGACUAGGAUGGUCAAGGGUGGUUACAGGGAGUCAACACAGCAUCAGAAGGGGAAGUUGACAUUAUGAGAGGGGAGAUAUCCACCCCUUGGUGGUAAGUCAGUUGUGAGAUGACAUCGGACAACAUAGGUUGUGAACGUAUCCUCCGAAGGAUUCAGCAAAUACAAAUUGCUGAUAGCCUGUGUCUUCCAUUUGGGCACAAGAGACGUGUUAGUGUUCUUUAGUGGCCAAAACGUAAACAGAUCACAACCCUUACGAAUACAGUAUGAAGUAGUUAAUACAGGAAAAGUGAGUCGUCGAAAAGAGGUUUAGACGCCAUUUUAUUUCUAACUGCAGAAUAUUGAUGGUAAUACAUGUAUUGCGCUUUUCCUAAAACAGCAGCCUCCUUCUAAAUUUCUGGGACAAUGACAGUGCAACUUUUGUACAGAUUUUUACAUACCAUCGUAACGUUAAUUUGUUAUCGAUACAGGAAGUGGAGACAUUUACACGGUGACAAUAAAGGAUAUUUUAUUUGCUACGGAUUCUGAACCCACGUAUUAGUAACAUACUUCCCAUACAACGCAUAAAACACAGCGACAUUCAUCUCCCUGCCAGGCGAAAAUAAUUUACACGUUUAUGUGAAGUUUCAUACAUUCGUUUAUAUUUCUUGUCCCCCCCCCCCACCUUUCUGUGCCCGGCCAAAGCAGAAACUGAUCUCGCUGAUCCGUAGUGACAAACAUUGUUUUAAAAUGGAAUUCUACACCUCGUGAAACACCGCAAUUCAUCGUGUUUCCUUUCGUGUCCACCGCCAAAGCAACAAGUGUAAACACAAGAAUACAGAACCGUUCACAUGCGACGUUUAUAUAUAUAAAAAAAAGUCGUAAUCUUGAAAAAUAUUGGGCAAACACGAUCACCGCAUUUUAAUGCAGUGUUCGCACUGCUGCCAUGGCCCACACGGUGUUAGCAAGCGCGCUGAUACUAGUGGUGGUGUACGCGGACAGCGGGAGACCGCCGAGUUCCGUCGAGUGCGAGUGUGUGAACGGAACGGCUGCAUCGUGCAAGGUCAACAGCAGCAGCAGCAGUAAUCACCCGACGACAACAACGUUCAGCCUCAACGCCUCAGACGUCAUUGGGGUUCAGCUGCCCGGCGUCACAGGCCUCACCUUAAGGAACUGUCUCAUUCGAGACUUGCACAGUGGACAUUUUGCGAGCAUGGACCAAGUGACAAGGCUAAACCUUUCAUCUAACUUCAUUAGAAACGUUCAACCAGGAGUCUUUACUCAAAUAACUUCUUUAAAAGAGCUAAACCUCAGUUGUAACCUUAUUUCCGAUGUUAAUAAUCAGUGGCUAAAAGGUCUGGUGAAUCUUCAGGUGUUAGACGUGUCUUCAAAUAACAUUUCGAAUUUGGAAGAAGAUGCAUUUGCAUGUCUCCCAACGCCACAGGGGGUUAGUCUCAAUAGCAAUCUGCGCAUUCUCGACCUGUCGUUUAACAAAAUAUCGUUUUUAAACAACAGUGCAUUCAGUGUCCUUCAAAGUCUCAGGCAGCUUAACUUGGCUGGAAACAAUCUUGAAGCUCUAACGGGGCAAUGUUUCAACGGACUAACCAGUCUCCUGCAACUGGACGUAUCUGCAAACCACAUUUCUUGCAUAGACGACGGUGUCUUUAGGAAACUGAACAAUGUCCAAAGACUUAAUCUGAGCAGUAACAAGUUGGAAACACUCGGCGACCAAUGCUUCUGUGGUCUCACUCACCUGCAGCAACUUGAUGUGUCACGUAAUCGCAUCUUCAGUUUGUCUCCUGGUACGUUCCAGUCAACGGGUGGUCUGGUGGAGCUGAUACUGGCCGACAAUCCGGUACUCGGCCAUUUGCGGCAGGAACCCAUGGUACUGGUGGGCACAGGCCGGAGACUGCAAACUGUAGACGUAUCAAGAUCUGGUCUCACUCAAGUUCCGGCCGCACUCACGAGAUCCAUCCGGACUUUAAAACUCCAGGAAAACAUGAUAGCCAUCGUCCGGUGUGGGGAUCUUGACAGCUACCCUCUCCUCCAGUUUCUUAAUCUAGCUGAUAAUCAGAUAGAAGAAAUGGAAGAAGAUGCCCUAGGAAGACUCGAAUUGCUGUCCACUCUGUAUCUGUCAGGUAACGGUCUUCUCACUGUACCACAUAGCUUGCCAUCAGGGCUCGUGAUCCUCCAUCUCCAACACAACUGCAUCCAACAGCUAAACUCAGGUGACCUCCAAGGUCUUCCACGUCUCAAGUACUUGUCAUUGCGUCACAAUGACAUAACAACCAUUCAGAAUGGUGUACUCAGUCAGCUAACAGCACUGGAGACAUUGGAUAUAUCUGAAAACCCUCUCAAAAGUCUUUCAGGGAAUGCACUAUCAGGACCACUAAUGACUGUUCUUCGACUGUCGCAUCUUGCUGAAAUCACGUCUUCGGCAUAUCCUUCUACAGAGAUGUCUUUCCCAGUCACGUCACCAGAGCGGUUAAAAGUUCUAGAACUUGAUUCAAGCCCCGUUCUGGCCCAGCUGCUUCUUUCAGAUACAGCUGCACUGGCAGCGUUUCGGCAACUUCGCGAGUUAAAUCUCAUUAACACUGGACUAACGAGAAUCCGGUCAGACUUGUUCCAUUUUCUACCGCGACUUCGCAUACUCCGGUUAAAUGGAAACCAGUGGGAAUGCAAGGGCAUGCUAUGGCUAGCCAACUGGAUACGUCAACAGCAAAAAGAUCAGCAACAGCAACUGGAAACUUCCCUUCAGGAUGCAUACUGUGCUUCUCCCCCACACCUAACUUAUACACCUGUCAUCCAUCUCCAUGAUGCAGACUUCAACAACAGCACUGAUCCAUCAGAGGAAAGCAACACUUACGAAGCUACUGUAGACGCCAGGUAUGAUGAAUCACUUACAACAAAAAUGUUUUCGAUUCUCAGAAUACGCAACACGCAGGUUCCGGAUAACAAAAUGCAUCCCACUUCUGCACAUCCUCUGGACAGCCAAACAGCACACAGGCCAAUUACCAAACAUGCUGCAGCUUCUACACAGUCCUCUGUCAGUAGCACUUCGUCUACCACGAUUAAGAGAGUGGACAUUCCGCCUGCUAAUACAUCAAAUACUGCUUCUGCAAUCAAAUCUCAAAGUUCUUCCACGGGCAGUAAUGCAUUUACGAUUUAUUCCACUUCAAGGGAAUCGAAGGAAUCCGUACUCAAUACAACAAUUUAUAAAGAUGAUCUAAUUACUAAUAUACAUUUUACUGAUUCUUCAGUCGCAAACAAUACGCCUGACUACGAUGAUGAUUUUAAGACUGCGCAAUAUACAGAUGUCACAACUUCUGGAACAUUUCCUGUAGAGAAAGUACCCAACAACAGCAUACUCCCACCUGACAAAAGUCGCAUAAUUGCUACUACACCUAGUUUAAAAACACGUAUCGAAACAUCAAACGACACUGUACGUGAAAAAAACAAACUUAUUUCCACUAAGAAAAAUUCUGUACAGAGAAAUCAAAAAUUAUUCUACUAUAUGGAAAGUGCUACACAAAAUCGAAGCACUUCUUCAAAAACUACAAUCAAGGUGGUGAAUACAAACUUAAAAAAUACUGAAAUUCUUAAGAUAUAUGUCAAUGCUCCAUCAAACAGCACAGGAACUCUGUCCACAAAUAAAUCUUGGAUACAACACAAAUUCUUUCCUAACACAAAAAACAAAAUGUUUCUUCCUAGUACUCAGCCACUUCAAACUGCUCACAGUAAUUUUAACUUCUACAAAACUAUUUCAAAUUCUAUUAAGCAUGACGCAAUACAUAAACAAACAUUCUCAAACAAACAUAAUUUCAAGAAAAAUGAGGACAACACUUUCAAUAAUACUGUGGAAGGAGGCGAGUCUCUGAACAUUGACAGUGAAGACAAUACAACAACUGACAACAACACUCCUACACAGACAGGUCUUUUAAACAAAACUUUGGUAAAACAAACAUUUAACAUUUCAAAUUUUACCAGCCAAUACGCGGACAAACGCGCGCACAAAAUGGAAAUUAGCUACCACACAUCAAACAUGUCUACUAGCCAUUCUGACUCACAUUUCAAAACUCAGCUUAAAAGCCCCUUACGCAGUUCCGUUCAGUACUCUGUAUACAGAAACCGUUCCACCGAGGUACCUAUAGGCUUUCACACAAACAAGUACAAUUCAGAGAAUUUAGAAGAAACAGCAUCAAAGCACAGCAAUGCAACAAGUAGUGGUACGAACAACAGUGUAAACAAUGAGACGCAAGGCAAAAGUAAUAAUGCUACAGAACAGUCAUCGAACAUAACCUCACCACCGCAAGGAGUUAAUUUUGUGUUUGGAAAUGUAACUCUUGCCACAGAUGACAAAUCUGUCUUUUACAGUAGCCAUACUGACGAUGACGCAUUUCCUCCAGGUGCGCAUGUAAUGGCAAAAGAACACGCCCCAACAUCUCUGACCUUCGGUUCACACCCCAGUAUGUUUGUCUUGUUGGGUAUAGGUCUCGUCAUGGCAGGCGCUUUCGCUAUGGCAAUGUCACACUGCGCAAACCGCAGAAGAUGGCAAGCUGUUGAAUAUAGUCAACAACAGGACAUUGAGGUUAGGAGCAUGUCAAGCAUUGGCGACCUAUGGUGACAUUAAGGCAGACAUUUGGGUGUAAUCACUGGAGAACGGCAAUAUGUAAUUGUUAGGAACUGUUCAUAAAAAUCACAUGCAAAUAAAAAUUUUUCAGUGUCGCGAAUACACAAGGAAUUCAGGUGCGUCGAUAUAUUAUUUUUCGAUGUACAUUCCGCCUGCCCAUUUUGAUAAAUGGACACUGAAAAACCGUCACCACUUCUUGGCCAGAGACGGUCAAAACUAACCAUCAACACAUUAAUUAAUUCAUGAUGCAAUAAUGCAUUAGGUCCAUUGCUUCUGACAGGCAGUAAGCUGAGAUAAAAUGUAGAGAAAUUUUUAAAAACUCAAUAUAAAAAUUCUCUAACACAAGUGUGAGAUAUCAGAUUCUCACAGCGGUCAGUAUGAAGAUGACUGUCUUUUGGGAUGCUGCACAGUGUAGCCCUGUAGAAACUGACCUAUGAAACUACACAUCAAAAUAUCCCAGGAGGCAUUCAACUUAGCACAUAUUAAUGCAAAGAAUCUUGUAAUGUCUGAAUUCAAGAGCAAUAUGUAAACUGUUAUUUUAUAAUAGCAUUUGGGAAACAUGUUUUGAAUUAUACUUCAAUAAAGAAUAAUGUGUAGCUGGUUAGACAUUUGAACAACCAGUAAUUGGUCAUAGCCAUAUAAAGAAAAAGUUACAUUCCGAAGACUUUAAUAUUACACCGAGAUAAAGUUCUCAAAUCAGUACCAAGUGUUACAGAAUCGACAGUCUAAUGUUAAGCUACAUUAAACAUGUGAAGCAGUACAGUUCAGUACACAGACAUUGCAACAGCAAGAUUAUCUUAACUGCUACAUUAUUGAAAAGAAGACAUCAAUCAAAAUUAAAAAAAAAUAUAUCCAUGAGUCAUUAAAUUAACCGCAUACAUGCGAGGCAACCCACAAACUUAAUAAUGACUUACAACUGUUUCACAGCCUGACAGUAACAAAGGUCAUUGCUAUUUCAAUAUAUCCACAUCAAAAGAGGAAUGCGUUAAAACGUACCUAUAAUAAAAUAAUUGUUAUGUUAUUUAUCCCCCCGUCCUACAUCUGCCUAGCUACAUCACUCUGAUGUGACUAAAAUAAUGACUCAAUGUCACGAUUUUUACUUCAAUGACAUGAAAUUAAUUUUCUGACACGAGUUCUGGGUACAGCCCACAUUUCUAGUCCCACAAAUUGUGCGUAUGAUAAUGAUUUAACAAAGAAAUGCAUGAGUUAGUGUUGUGGGCUUACCUGGGUCAGAAUUAUAAAUACGCUACAGAAUAUCAUAACUAUUCUGGGGCCCAUCACCACUACUACUAAUUAGUAGUAACUCCUACUACUACUGCUACGGCUGCUGCUGUUAUUGUCUCCAUGUUUGUAAUUGUUGAUUUACAAACACUACUGAUGUAUGUUCAUCAUGAAUCUCUAUGCCAUAUUUCAUAUUCCUAACUGUAGUGGUUCAUUAGUUAUCAUUCCCAAACUGAAAGUCAAAAUAAAUUUACAAGACUGUCGUGUUAUAGGAUUUCAGGUUCUCAUGUUAUUUUACACUAUACAAAAAGAAAAUGUAUAUUUUUUUAAUAUCUAUUACUGUAUUUCUCUUCAGGAACCUAUGUUAAGUGCCACUAAUGUCACAAUUUGCACGAUCAAACGAUUGCAGAAAACCCAAAUAUGAGGCUGGGGUUAAUUUGAGAUGUGUAAUGUUUUAACAAUUAUUUAUUUUAAUCCGUCUUAUCACAAUAUUUA